AUGGCCUAUUCCAGACAUCUUGAGGUAGACAUUGCUUCCAAAAGGGAUGAUUUUGAUGAUGCGAAGGGGAAAUUAACAUACCAUUUGUUUGUCCAUCACCCAAACUUCACCCGUGAUUCUGCUGAGAAUGACCUCAUGCUCAUCAAGCUGAAGGACCCCUUAAUGCUCAAUGAUGAGGUGAAGCUGGCCAUUCUACCUAAUACCACAGAUGACAGAGAAGGGGAGACUUGCACUGUCUCUGGCUGGGGCUGGCCGUGGCAUGUCACCUACAUAUACCCUGAUAUCCAGAUAGACCAGAAUGUCCUUUGGUUCUCUAAUGAAUGUUGUCAACAGUCCCAAGAAAUGUCUGCUGCCCCCAUCCUGUGCCAAAACCAGCUCUAUGGCAUCCUGUCCUGGUCAAAAGGGUGUGCUCUGAGAGGGGACAUUGGCUACUACACCAAGGUUUCCCACUACACAGACUGGAUCUUCAACGUCAUCAGGACCUACUGA